UGCUCCCAAUUGGUGAAUGCUUUUGACUUAAUUUGAUGCUGGCGCUCAGAGCCGCUAGGCAGCAACCACCAGACUUAAUAUCUGACCUCUUACCCGAAUAGAAGGCAAUGUCAAGCACGAUGUCUAUGUACUCAUAUUCCACCACUGGUGGUGUGGGCUCGAACCAAGGUCACCUUGUUUGCGGAGGAUGCCAGGUCCUUUUAAUGUAUCCUCCGGGAGCUUCCAACGUUCGCUGCUCAAGAUGUGGCCAUAUUACACAAGCUCCCACAUCGGCGGGGGCAGACAGUGCACAAAUAGUUUGCAACGGGUGCCGGGUACUCCUAUCCUAUCCUCGUGGCGCGCAAAGCGUCCAGUGCGCAAUGUGUCACGCUGUGACCCAGGUGCCAGUCUACGGCCACCUGGUGUGCAACGGCUGCAGCAUCAUGCUCAUGUACCCUACGGGCGCGCAGAGCGUCAAGUGCUCCGUGUGCCACUGCGUCACUCCCGUGACCGCCAGCGCCCCGGCAGGCUCCAAUCCCGCCCAACCGCAACAGCAGCAGCAGCAACCGCAGCAGGCAUCGCGGCCCAAGCCAGUGCAGACCGUGGUGGUGGAAAACCCGCCAUCCGUGGAUGACAAAGGGAACGAGGUUGCCAACAUUGCGGUCGGGGUUAAGGCGGACUCAUGAGCGGCGACUGUG